AUGGGUCAAAGAGAGGUGAAAAGCUGUAAUUACUGUUACAAACGUAAAGUAAAAUGCGAUAAGGUCUUCCCCUGUAGUAGAUGCGUCUCAAGAGGUCUCGGAGAUCUAUGCGAACAACAAACGGUGAUAGUCAAUGGUCGGCUCACAGGCGGAGGCAAAUUGCCGUCUCAGCGAGCUCCGACACUAGCGCAACUCAUGGAGGAGAAUAAAGUUCUGCAUAGGCGUAUCAAUGCGCAAGAAAAGACUAUCAAAUCGCUCUUAACCAAAUUCGAGUCAGACCAGGCUGAUUUGAUAAGUCAAGAUCACUUGGACGAAAGAUCUGCACAUAUAGAAGGCGAAAGGUCUCGAUAUACAAGCGCAGAACCUGAUAUCAAUCCGGAAGAAUUAGGGAAGAACGAUUAUCUGUCAACUGUGAAUCAGAUAUACGGGAUUGAGCCUAAGAGGUACAACGAUGCACAACAGCCAGCAUUCACCGUCAAUCAGACCGAAGCGCAAACACUCAAUAGGCUACUGUGCAUGGUUCCUGUCAACUUCAGCGCUCAGCUUGUCCGGUAUCACUGUCAAACAUUACACUGGAUCCAUACUGUCUUUCAUGAACCCAGUUUCAUUAGGGAACACGACGAAUGGAUCGCGUCAAUCUGCUUAGGUACACCUUUGGUCAAGGCAUACGAUUUCUACGCCCUGUACUUCGCAGUAAUUGCUUGUAGUCUGUACUUCAUGGAUGAGGCAGUGGCCAUGAAUAUGGGAAUUCCAAGUGAUGCUCUCGCUGAAUGGCCUCGGAAAUGGUUCAAUGAAUCAAUACGAUAUCUUCAGCUUUCAGAUUUUAUGGUAAAUCCGACUAUCCCCAUACUGCAAACUAUUUGCAUUUUGCCGAUGAUCGCACACGCUUUCGAUGCUUCAAAGUAUCUCGGAGCUCUCAUGCAUUGCGCUUUGGGGCUGGCGCGGGAUCUUGAUUUCCAUCUUGCUACGGCUGGAACCAACCCAGAAAAAUAUGGAGGGAAUAUCCAGAUCGAACUGGUCAGGCGGAUUUGGUGGUGUCUCUCGGUCACAGACAGUCUGCGUCCAGAAGCACAUCAUCCGUUUCAUCUGUGUCUGCCAACUGCUCGUACUUCCCCUCCAGCCAACAUCAACGAUUCUGAGUUGGUAAAUGGGAUCCCAAUCAGUUCUCGACCACUUACGGAGGUAACCAGAGUCACACAUCUUCUUGCUAUCGGUCGACUAGCUGCGUUGUUCCGCGAUUUUAACCAGUCUUUCACAACCAAGACGACCCUUAAUGCGCGCUUUAAGUGUGUUAAGGAUCAUGAUCUUCGACUUCAAGCCCUCUUGAAUGACAUCCCAGAUUUGCGUCCACGCGAUGACGAGCAGUACAUUCCCAUGUCUGCAGUUAUGCAAGCGGACGCAAAUUUCGAUUACAGACCAUGGUCGAGAUUCAUAUGGUCGACGUCUUUGCCUCCAAGUAGGAUCAUGCUCUACCGCUGGUUCCUUGGAAAGAGUUACACCGAUGAGAGGUGGUCUCAAGCCAGACAGGUAUGUCUCGAAGCAGCUCGAGCUACACUUGCGGCGCGUAAGAAGCCUGUGCCGCCACUUUUCCAGAAGAAUUGGUGA